AUGAACUCCAAAAUUGAGAAAUUACAUGAACAAGUUGAAGUUUCUAAUGCUGUCGAAGUUGCCAAUACAUGGUGUAGAAUUAAUCAAGAUGAUCUGGAAAAUCGAGCAUGUGAAGAUUUAGUUAAAAGAUCAACAGCAAAUUGGGUUGGAAUUUUAGAGACUUGGCGAUCUGAUGUUGGUUACAAUUAUGGUGUUGAAUCUAUUACAGAUAAGGAUCAGUUGGAGUGUGAGAUGACAGAAUUUAUUCUUAGAAUUUGUACAAUUUGUGCACAACAGGAAUAUUCACCAUUAUCAUUGAUGAACUACGAAAGUCCUAAUGAUAAUAUUAUAUCAAGUCAAUUAGAUAAAAGUCCUAAUGAUAGUAUUAUAUCAAGUCAUUUAAAUGAAAGUUCUAAUGAUGGAUAUCAACAUUUGACUGCAGUUAAAUUUCAUUUUAUUUAUGAAUAUCAUAUUGAAGAAUAUAAAAAUCAUAUUGCAAAUAUUAUUAAUAAGAAAAUUAGAAUAGGUACAUUUAAUAUUAAUGAUGAUCAAUUUAAUAAUAUUGAUUUAAAUAUAUCAGAACAAUUUAAUGAAGAAGUAUUAGUUAAAGAAACUGAAAUUGGAA